CAUACAUUAUACUACAAUGUGAUAGCCAAAUCUAGAGGGAACACAACACAACACACACACACUCACACCUUUCCCACAAAAGAGAAUAAAGAAACCCUUUACUUUGCUUCCAUAGCUCUCUGCUUUGUUCCCAAACCCUCAUCAUGCCUUUUCGGUGAACUUACCCAUUCAUUUUCUUUCCCAUUUUACUGGUUUUCUUGGAUUCCAUGAGCUGUUUUCAGGUUUGGAAGUGAAAAACAAGUUUCAUUCUGUAGUGAUAUACGAUAUGUACGUUGUACCUCCACCCCAGCGAUCGGAUCCGGGUACAGGAUCCGGAGAUUUGAGGGUUUACCAAGCAUGGAAGGGUAGUAAUAAAUUUUUCCUUCAAGGCAGGUUCAUAUUUGGACCAGAUGUAAGAUCGUUGGCCAUGACAAUUUUUCUAAUCGUUGCUCCUGUUGCAGUUUUCUGUGUCUAUGUUGCCAGAAAACUGAUAGAUGAUUUUUCUGAUCACCUGGGGAUAAGUGUAGUGACUGUUGUUGUUGUGUUCACGAUUUAUGUGUUAGUUCUUCUCUUGUUAACGUCUGGCCGAGACCCUGGCAUAAUUCCACGCAAUGCACAUCCUCCAGAGCCCGAAGGUUUUGAAGGUAGUCUUGAUGUUGGGGCUGGUCAAACUCCUCCAUUGCGGAUACCUCGCAUUAAGGAGGUUGAUGUCAAUGGGAUUACUGUCAAGGUCAAGUAUUGUGAUACUUGCAUGCUCUACAGGCCUCCCCGUUGCUCUCACUGCUCAAUUUGUAAUAACUGUGUAGAAAGGUUUGAUCACCAUUGCCCGUGGGUUGGUCAGUGCAUUGGGCUGCGUAAUUAUCGCUUCUUCUUCAUGUUUGUCUUCUCAACUACGCUACUUUGUAUAUAUGUUUUCGCAUUGUGCUGGGUCUAUAUUAGAAGAAUUAUGGAGUCAGAGGAGACAACAAUUUGGAAGGCAAUGAUCAAAACUCCAGCCUCCAUAGUUUUAAUAAUUUACACCUUCAUAUCAAUGUGGUUUGUUGGUGGCCUCACUGGCUUUCAUUUAUAUCUGAUAAGUACAAAUCAGACUACAUAUGAGAACUUUAGAUACCGAUAUGAUCGGCGGGCUAACCCAUAUAACAAAGGAGUAUUCAAUAAUUUCAAGGAGAUAUUCUGUGCCAGAAUACCCCAAUCAAAGAACAAUUUCAGGGCAAAGGUAUCAUUGGAGCCAGUAUUACCUGCUCGAUCAGCGGGUGGAGGCUUUAUGAGUCCAAGUAUGGGAAAAGGCAUGGAGGACAUAGAGAUGGGCAGGAAAACAGUGUGGGGUGACAUAGGUAGUGGCAUUGAUCACUCUGAAGGCGAGUUAACCGGUCGGCCGGCUGUUAAGGAUGGGGAGUUUGGUGAACUGUCUCCAGAAAUCAGGACGACAGUAGAUGGCCGGGGUGAUGGUGCUGGAAUACAUCCAAGGAGGUCUAGCUGGGGAAGAAAAAGUGGAAACUGGGAAUUGUCUCCUGAUGUUCUUGCUUUGGCUGAAAGGUCUGGUGAUUCGAAUCGCGUCGGUGGAGGUAGCAGCAGUCUUGGUCACUAAGAACAAAGAUACACAGCCACUGAAAUGAAUUAACCUGGUAAAGUAUUUUAUUGGCACUAAUUUUAAGAUAUUACAUUUCUCAUGUGAGAAAUCUAUAGCAAAAUUAAUUGUUUUAGCAAUGUCGGGGAUGAAGGCUUUGCAGGGUGUGUUUACUACUGUUGUUUUAGCCGUUCUGCUUCUAGGAAGUAAUUGUUGUGGUGUUCCAAUUGAGGUUUCCUUUGCCUGGUGUUGUAUCACGCUUAAUUAUUAACUAUUCUUUGCAUCUGUUAAAGUAGUUACUGA